CCCCCCUCUUGCUCAUGACUACCACAGUCUCUCAAUUCUCACACCCUCACAGCCACACCUCUCUGCUUAAACCAAACACUUCCAUCACUCACCAAACACAUUACUUGAUCAUCACACCAUCAACAUGUCACAGUGGUCUUGUCUGUCUUCUCUCUGGCUCUCUGGUUCUUCUGCUUCUGCUUGUCUUGGCUCUCUCUCUGGCUGUCUAUCUCUGCUCCUAUCUUGCUGUUUCUGCUGUUGAACAGAAUGAAGAUGGCACUUGGGAUGUGAAGGCAGUGGCUGCCAUGAGGUUUCAAGGCAAUCAACUGUACUUCUAUUUGCUCUAGAGCAAUUCAGAUAAGGGUUGGGUCCACAUUGACAACCCUCUGGCUUUUUGGAAUGAGAAGUUUGAACCCAGUAUUUAUUAGCACUUCAAUGUGACAAUCAACAAAGAAUAAAGUCAAAAAGAGAAGUCAAUUCCAGGACUAGAGAAUACAACACAAUAUCUACAGUAUUCAUACCCAAAGGGAGACAUAUAGAAGGUCCUGAAUCUGGAGUUUU